GCCCCAUUCUUCAAUGCCCAUUCUUCGAAGCCUAGCCUGUUCUGCAGAGUAAGCACCAGCUGACGGAUUCGGCGGAGAGUAUCGAUUCAUUGGCCUAUUGUGGUAAAAGGCCCUCAGAUGUGCCUCGAGGUGGGGUGAGUCCGCCAACGCUGCCUAUUGUGUUACUAGGAGCCUUGUUCGGCCCUUCCCCAAUCACAGCCUGCGCUCUGACUAUGGCCCCUAUCCCACCGCGUGGCUUGCUCCGUCUGACAAGGCCCCCCAGAAUUGGUUUUAACACCGAGAAACUGCUCUUGUGUGUCGUCUGUCACGGCUCUACAGUCUUUUUUCCCUUUCAACUUGCUCUUCAAACAACCAAAUCUACAAACGAAUACCCAGCUCUAUUACCAUGAAGUUUGCUGUUGUUAUUGCCGCCACCACCCUGGCUGCUGCACUACCAGCUGCGCAAGACGCUGCAUCGCCUGUUCACGACCUCACCAAUCUGCGAUAUGAGAACGAACUCCCUGUCGCGAAGACGCCUCAGACAAAGCGGGACGCCGCCGUUGCGGCCGCCCAAUCUCCCGUCCACGACCUCACCAAUCUGCGUUAUGUGAACCAGGAACCCGUCACAGUCGACAGCAAGCGUGCUGAGAAACGCGCUGCCAACGCUAUUCCCAUCAAGGAUAACCGCAACCUCCACUACGUUAAUGAGGUGCCCGUUGGUGCUGUUACUAAGGCCAAGCGCUCGACUGAUCACCCCGUCAGGGACAACCGAAACCUGCGCUACAUCAACCAGAUCCCUGUGGGAACUGUUGUCUAGAUAUCAUCUGAAUCUGUGUGCCCGCUGAGUGUUGGAGGUGGAAAUGUACAUACACCCGAAGCUUUAAAUUGUACAUAGCAUGUAUAUUUUCCAUUCAAUUUUCAACGUUUACUUUACUCA